AUGACACCGACUAACGUCUCGUCGACCUCGUCCGUCGACGACGACGACUGUGCUAGUGUUUCCGAUAUUGUAGCUCUUGUUGUCGGGUUUCAGAUUUCCUGCGCCAAGGUUGAUACAGAAAUUAAUAAGAGACCAGGCCCAUAUGUCUUUAGAAUUAAUGGUCAAAAUCAUCAUAUAAUGGGUUCUCUUCUUCCGACUGAUGGACACCGCCCCAAAUUUGCUCAGCUCUAUAUUUAUGAUACUGAGAAUGAGAUCUCCAAUAGGAUACGAGCAAUUGACAUUGACAGUGGUGUUGAGAAAAUUAGUAGGAACAUUGUGGCUGAUUUAAUUAAAAUGUUUGAUGAUCAUAAUGUAAUUGUUAAAGCAUUUAGAAUGGUAAGAGAUCGUUUUGUGCAUAAUGAUUUUAUACCUGUAAGGUUACGAUUAAUUGGAGCACGUGGGGAAUCCUUACAGCAAUAUAAUUCUCCUUCAUGCGCCGAAAUUGCUGGUCUAAUUGUUGGUGACUUAGGCAGUGUAGAUCGGCAACGUGAUAUUAUUGUUGAGCAUAAAACAGAAGGCUUAAAACGUAUUAGUGAUUUGCAUCCUUCUUUUAUGGCUAUGCAAUAUCCAAUUUUAUUCCCCUAUGGUGAGGAUGGUUUUAGUCUUGGCAUACGAUGCAGAGAGACAUCCCGUAGAAAAACAAAUUCUCGGCAGUGUAUUACAAUGCGGGAGUUUUAUGCUUACCGAAUCCAAAAUAGAUUAAGAGAAGGGAAGACAUUGGUGCGUGGUGGAAAACUUUUUCAGCAAUAUAUUGUCGAUGCUUUCACCUGUGUUGAAGAAGAAAGGCUGCAAUACAUUAGAAGAAAUCAAGCAAAUCUUAGAACUGAAAUAUAUAAAGGUAUUAGAGACGCUGUUGUUGAAGGAGAUGUAGAUGGUAAUGCUAUUGGUAAACGAAUUAUAUUGCCUUCAAGUUUUACUGCGGGUCCUCGCUAUAUGUGGCCUGAAAUUAGAGAUGGCCUGCAAUUUAUUAAUGGCCAAAAAGGUGAAGAUCGACCGGAUAUUAUUAGCAGGGUGUUUAAGCUAAAAUUGGAAGUUUUAAUGGAUGAUAUUAAAAAGAACCAAUAUUUUGGCAAAUCUGUGGCUGAGUUAUAUACUGUUGAGUUUCAGAAGAGGGGCCUUCCUCAUGUUCACAUGCUAAUAUGGUUACAUCCAGAGCAUAAAUAUCUAACAACUUCAGAGAUAAAUGCAAUUAUAUCUGCAGAAAUACCUGAUCAAAUUAAUGAUCCAAUCGGUUAUGCAUCAGUUGCUAAAUUUAUGAUACAUGGUCCAUGUGGAUUAGCUAAACCAGGGGCCCCAUGUAUGAUCAAAGGCCGCUGCUCAAAACAUUAUCCAAAAGAAUAUAUAAAUGAAACAGUUAUAUCUGAGGAUGGAUUCCCUAUAUACAGAAGAAGGAAUAGCCACCUUCGAGUGUUGAAAGCUGGUAUUGAACUUGACAAUAGAUUUGCUGUUCCUCACAACUUGCAAUUGGUUAUCAAAUAUCAGGCUCAUAUUAAUGUUGAAUGGUGUAACAAGUCAAGACUAAUAAAAUAUUUAUUCAAGUAUAUCAAUAAAGGUCCAGAUAGAUCUGCAGUAGUUUUAGAAAAUAAUGUCCAUUAUACUGAUGGGACUAAUGAAAAGCAAUACAAAAAUAUUGAUGAAAUCAAGCAAUAUUUAGAUUGUAGAUAUUUAUCAGCAUAUGAGGCAAUUUGGAGAUUAUUCCAAUUUGAAAUCCACUUUAGGCAUCCAUCUGUCGAGCGGUUAACUAUUCAUCUACCGAUGAUGAAUAACGUAAUAUAUCAUGGUGCUCAAAAUUUAAUUAACGUUCUCAAUCGUCCGAAUGUUGAGAAAACAAUGUUUACGGAAUGGAUGCAAACCAAUCUCAAUUAUAACGACGCUCGGCAAUUAACAUAUGCUGAAUUCCCAACUGAAUGGGUUUGGCAUUCAACUGAUAAAUUUUGGUCGAGGCGAAAACAAGGAUACCGUAUCGGCAGAAUAGUUUACAUUCAUCCAAAUUCUGGAGAGCUAUACUUUUUACGCAUGCUUUUGAAUAUAGUUAGAGGACCAAGAAGUUAUGCAGAGAUUAGAACUGUACACGGCGUCGUACACGAAACGUUUCGUUCUGCAUGUGAUGCCCUCGGUUUACUUGGCGAUGAUAAAGAAUGGAGAGAGGCAUUUGGAGAGGCUUCACAGUGGUCAGGCUCGGUUGAACUCAGACAAUUAUUUGCAACAUUGGUGAUUUACUGUGAAGUGGCGGAUCCUCUUAAAUUAUGGAAUGAAUACUGGGAAUUAAUGGCGGAUGAUAUAUUAUAUAGGCUAAAACGUGCUUUGGGUGUAGAAAAUCUCCGAAUACCUCAACUCGAACUUCAGAACCACGUCCUAUUUGAGUUGGAAGUUAUAUUCAACAAAAAUAGUUGCUCACUUACACAAUAUAAUCUGCCGAUUCCGAAUAGGUUGAUUGUUGACGGAUUAAAUAAUAAAUUAUUGGCGGAAGAAUUGGAUUACAAUAGAACCGAAUUAUUACAGGAAUAUUCGGAACUCUUUGAUGGAUUAAAUAGUGAGCAGAAAAUCAUAUAUGAUGCCGUCCUACGUUCUGUAUAUCAAAAUAUUGGAGAUCUUAUAUUUGUUUAUGGCCAUGGCGGGACGGGUAAAACAUACCUUUGGAAAACUAUAAUUGCAAAAUUACGUUCUGAAGGAAGAAUAGUUUUAGCUGUUGCUUCCUCAGGUGUUGCAUCACUCUUAUUGCCCGGGGGAAGGACUGCCCAUUCAAGAUUCAAAAUUCCUAUCAAAAUUGAUGAUUGUUCUAUUUGUGAAAUUAAGAAAGGCACACACCUUGCAAAUUUAAUUGCACAAACUUCUUUAAUUAUUUGGGAUGAAGCUCCAAUGAAUCAUAAAAAUUGUUUUGAAGCUUUAGAUAAAUCCCUAAAAGAUAUUAUGGUGACAGAUGAACCAAAUAUGUGUAGUGAAUUGUUUGGAGGAAAAACUAUUAUUUUAGGUGGAGACUUUAGACAAAUCCUUCCAGUUGUUGUUGGCGGAACUAAGCAAGAUAUUUUAAGCGCGUCACUUACAAGAUCAUACAUAUGGAGUAAGUGUAAAAUCUUCCGGCUUUCUACGAACAUGAGAUUACUUCGAGGCUCGAUACAUGGCACAAUGGACAUUUCUUUAUUAGAAUUUAGUCAAUGGGUGCUUGAUGUUGGUGAUGGCAAAAUAAAUGCCGUGAAAUUAGAAGAUGAAGAAGAACCAACUUGGAUCAAAAUUCCUGACGACCUGCUGAUAAAGGUUAGCAAAAAUGGUAUCGAAACAAUAGUUUCAGAAAUAUAUGAUCAUAUUGAGGAAAACUACAAUGACCCUAAUUAUCUGCGGGAUAGAGCUAUCAUUACACCUAGGAAUGAAAGCGUCGAUAAGGUCAACAGUUACGUACUCUCUUUGUUACAAACUGAGGGCCGAUUAUAUUUAAGCUCGGAUUCAAUAUGUGGCUCAUCAAAAAAUGCAGAAGAGAAUAGCUUACUUUAUCCGGUGGAAUUUUUAAAUUCUUUAACAUUUAAUGGAGUUCCAAAUCAUGAAUUACUUCUAAAAGUGGGGAGCCCAAUUAUGCUACUUCGUAACAUCAACCAAAGUGCCGGUUUGUGUAAUGGGACUCGAUUAAUUGUAACUCAACUGGCUCCUAGAGUUAUUGAAGCACAAAUCUUUACAGGCAACCAUAUCGGCGAGAAGAUUCUUCCUCCUGCAAUGGAAAAUGUUCUUUUAUCACAGUUAUCACUGCACCAGCAAGCUUGCAAAAUCAAAGUUCGUAUCUGCCGGAUCUGGGAAUCAACUACCCCAUAUUUGAAGGGAGAUAUUUUCAGUCUAGAUUGUCUAUUGGUAGAUAAGGAGGAGUUUUCCAUGCAAGCAACAAUACGCAAGCAAGAUGCAGAAGACCUUAAAUGUCGAAUUACAGAAGGCAAGGUGUAUGUAAUAGAGAAAUUUGGCGUUAUUCCAACAAGGAAAAAAUUUGUGGCUGUCGAUCGUUAUUACAUGAUUCAGUUAAGUAAGUCGACACAGCUUACUGAAGUUGAAGAUGAUUCGGAAGGAAUUCCGUUACACAGUUUUAAUUUCUCUACGUUUUACGAAAUUAAUAAGAAACAAUACAACGAUUCCAUUUUAACAGAUGUUGUUGGGAAAAUUACGGCUAUUGGUGAAAUAACUCACAGAUAUAUUGGCCAAGUCCUCACUCCAAUCAGAAAUUUAGAAAUAGAAGAUUUAGAUAAAAACACUAUACCAGCGACGCUAUGGGAUGGAUUUGCGACGGAUUUUGAUGAACCAAAUAUUUACGAGGAAAAGAAAACUGCUCCUAUAAUCAUAAUUCUUGCUGGAAUGACAAUAAGGCAAGGCGAAGAACCUAAUGCAAUCCAGCGCAUAACUUAUGGUGGACAAAAAAUCAUUUCUCCUCUAGAAGAAAUGUGCCAAAAUAGAAAAAUAAUUGCUGAAUUACUAAACCUAGACCUUUCUGAUGCUGAAGAUGUAAAGUUCACAUGCGAAGCUAAAAUUGUUGAAAUCGAUACCUCCUAUGGGUGGUGGUAUAAAGCAUGCCAUAAUUGUAAAUCAGCCAUGAAGGCAUGUGAUGAUACAUUCUGGUGUGCCCGUUGCGGUAACAACGAUCAAUCUCCUGUUCCAUGGUAUAAAUUAAGCGCAAUUGUUGAAGACUCCAGCGGGGUAGCCAAUUUUACCAUAUUCGGUCGAUUGGUUCAAGAUCUUAUACGUAUACCUGCACAAAUUUUAGCAACGGCUCCUAAUUCGGAUAAGUUUACACUUCCCGUGGUGAAGAAUGUUCAAGCAUUGCCAAAGUUGUCAAUAGAAGAGACAUAUAUCCUACGACACAUAGGAAAGGAAGAUAUGAUGCUGAAGAUUCUUCAAACUGUUUUCUCUAGUAUGAAGCUUCUAAGAGCACUUUAUCUUAAAUACUACCCGAUCAAAGAAUUGCCAAAUUCAAUUAGUAAUCUUAGACACCUAAGAAUCUGCAGGUUUUGGACUUGCAAGGAUGUCGAUUUUUAA